CUGUUGCUACAUCAUAUAAGUAUCUCUUGCAUUCUGGCUUGGCAUUUCAACAUCUGCUCUGUGGGACAGUCGAAAAUAAGUCAGUCUUAAGACUCCAGCUAUAAAAAGUGGCCGAAUUGGAGGUUUAGAGUCAUUUUUGGUUGCAUUUUUUUGAAACGACAAGCACCGUUCACAACCGAAGAUUUCAAACGGCACACGCAAGCUGCAAUUUUACUUUUUUUUGGUUACUUUUUUUUUAAAAAAAAGGAAAGUAGAAAAAUGUCGCGAUUUAGGAAACAAGAAUAUAAGAGGCAGGUGAGCGAGGACCCAGACAUCGAUAAUCUGUUGGCAAAUCUCUCUCCGGAAGAAAUGCAAGAACUGGAAAAAGAGUUGGAUGUGAUGGAUCCAAAUAUGCAUGUUCCUAUCGGAUUGAGACAGAGAAAUCAGACAGACAAGCAUUGCACAGGAAACUAUGACCGGGAAGCAAUGCUCCACUACUGUGAGAAAGCAACUAGGAAAUUGAUAGAACGAGAGAUAUCUAUUGACGAAGGGCAAGCUCCUGGUGAAGUAUGCACAGAAUCCACAUCUACGGAAAUCCACAACAAAACGGAUACAACGGCAACCACAAACAUGGGUGAAGAGAGGCCUGCGAGAAGAUAUGAGAAAGUGGCGAGUGAAAGAAAAGAGAAGGAGAAGGAAGAAAUAGAGAAGAGCAAAGAGGUAAAUGGAAAAGAAGGAAAGGAGAGCAGGAGCGCGGAAAUAAAGGAAAAGGAGAAAGACCGAGAGGCAAAAGGGGAAGAGAAGGCAGACAAAUCUACUCGACCCAAAGAUGAAACGCCAAAGGCAACCUACAAGGAAGGAAAGUGCACGAGGACAAAGUGUGAGACGAAAGACAAGGGUAGUGAAAACUGCUCCGCCUCUUCCAAGGCAAACUCAAGCAACUGUUGUUCAACUCAGAGUAAGGAUUCCCCCAGCAAAGAAAAACUUCAACGGGAGAAAACUGAACCGAAAGCUCCAGAAACACAAGCUCCGGCCUCGACUAUUUUUGAUGAACCAAUAGAAAAAGUGAUGAGCAAUGACCCGGCAGUCACUGAGGUCAAUUUAAAUAACUCCGAAGGGAUUUCCAAUGAUAUCUUAAUCCGAUUUGCGGACGCUUUGAAAGAAAACACCUUUGUGAAGACCUUCAGCUUUGCAAACACCCGCGCUGACGACCACGUUGCUUUUGCUGUUGCUGGCAUGUUAAAGCUAAACAAAAGUAUCACAAACCUCAACCUGGAAUCGAAUUACAUCUCUGGCAAAGGGGUCAUCGCCGUCAUGAGAGCUUUGCAGCAGAACAGUGUCUUAACAGAGUUCAGGUUCCAUAACCAGCGCCAUAUAUUUGGGGGUCAGGUCGAGAUGGAUAUCGCUAAACUUUUGAAGGAAAACACCACCCUUCUGAAGAUGGGCUACCAUUUUGAGUUGGCAGGACCUCGGAUGACUGUGACCAACCUGCUGAGUAGGAACAUGGACAAACAAAGGCAAAAGCGUCUGCAGGAGCAGAGACAGGGUCAAGAAGGGGACAAGAAGCAAGGGCUUGAGGUACCAAAGCCACACGGGAUGCAAAAAUCACCAAAAGCGUCCCCUCAAUCUUCUCCUAGAAGCUCACCUUGGCCAUCCCCAAAACCAUCUCAGAGAAAGGCCGCAGUUCCCACUCCACCACCGCCUCCUCCCCCUCCCCCUCCCCCAGCCCUGCCUGAAAAAGUCAGCUCGACGACACCCAACCACCGAUCGAAAGGCAGGAGCACGAGAGAAGAAAACGAAGAGACCAAGAACCUAAGAAAUUCCUUGACACCCGUCUCGGAGAGAAAGCUGGAGGUCAGAGGGCCAAUUCCGGAGAAGAACUCAAGAGAUCAGUUUCUGGCUUCCAUCCGGGCUGGCAAUAUCAAAAAGUUAAAGAAGGUUGCGGUUCCCAAGUUACUGCAAUGAGGAGAAGAAACUGCACCAAUGUCCACUACUGGAGGUUUCCCAAUAAUCUUUUUGUAAACCCAAACUUAUUACUUUCGCCAAAGCAUCAUUGUCGUUAUCACUGAUCAUUCACAAAACGCAUUUGCAGGCUCUGUGACUUAAAGAUGGCAGAAUUUCUAAGGGUUUUUCAAGUGCGUUUCAUUUGAUUGCCUCUUCUCUCCAUAUCUUCACGUCACAUGUUGUGCACAAUGACAGUGAGCAAUUCUUCUUAUGUUACCUUCCUAUUUUCUGUGCUUUCUGUCAUUAGAGGUUUGGCAGAUUCCUUUUGAUUAAAUGUGGUUAUUUCCUGAUAUAAAGUCUAUCGCUAUUCAUAUUCGACCACUGUUUUCCCUUCAGAGCUUUCAUAAAACUUUCAUCUCAGCUGGUUUCAGUCUUUGAAAGAGGUCUCCACUUCUGUUUCCACUUUUACCACAAGUCACAAAGAAUCCAAGAACUAUUAAACCCAAAAUACCGACGUUUGCAGUCUUCAGUCCCUCGUUGACAUAGGAAAAUACAGAGAGCUGCAAAAGGAGACAAGGGAAAUAAUAUAGAAGGCUAAGGGGGAAAUAUGAAGCCAUUUGUUUAGCUGACAUACAGCUUGGUCGAUUUUCUCAAUCUGAAUCUAUUUAUCCUUCCACUUGUACAAAUGAUGCCUUAUAAUUCUAGUCAUGUAGUGGAAUCAUCAAGUUAAUAACCAGAGAUAAGGUCUUUCACUGAUUGUUAAUGGGUACUGCAAACUGAAACUGCUAUUAUUGCCUGUGUCUUUUGAAUACCUUAUGGCUUUUCUUUUGCAAUGAUUAUUUUUGUUUAAAAAAUAAGCGCAUUUGUCUCAAUCCCAGAGGAUUUGUAAAUAUUUGUGUCGUUCAGCGUCUGUGUAAUAUUUGAACAAGUAUUAAGUGAACGUUUGUAAAUGUAUGCUGCACAUGCUAUCAACAGAUACACCAGCCACACAAUAGCCAUGUACCUCCCAUACUUGCCUGAUGCAUCAUCUAUUAACAGAUCACUAAAAUCGCAAUAAACAGCACAAUACAAAUACUGACCAUUUUUCUGACUACGAGCAGCAUGUUAGUUUUUUUUUACAUGAUAAAAGCAAUAUUUGUACCAAUGUAUAAUAUGCCAUAGUGUUGUCCUUUUAAAUAUUUUGUGAUAUGAUAAUGUUGGCACAUUUGAUCUCAAAUGUAAAUCCAUAUGCUUCACAGGAAAUGAGAAUUUUGAAGUUAACGUUACAAUCUCUUUAGCAGAAGCUCAGGAUUGUCGCUGUAUGAAAAUGUUGAUGCUGGUGGAGCUGGUGAAUUAGAUUGGGACAAUGGUGUAACUGAUGAUUCAGAGGGAUACAGAGAGCAGCAAAAUAAAACCAAGAAAAUAACAGAGAAGAUUAAAAGGGAAUAUGAAAAGCCAUUUGCAGAUGAUAUUCAAGGUAACAGCAAAGCAUGUGAGAAAGACGGCAGUAAAGAAGGAAGCAAUAGCAGACACAUGUGACAAUAGUAGAGGAUAAGGAUGUUCUAGAAUUGUUGGACGAAUAUUUGGGCUUCAGUCUUCAUGGUGGAAAAGGAGGACAAGAUACAGGAAGUUUGUGAAAGGUUAGAGUUUAGAGAAAAGGGUGAACUUAAAGACUUAAUUAUAAACAGAAAAAUAGUACGGAAACUAAAAUCAACAAGGAAAAGAAUCGGGGAGACUUAAAUCACUAUUUUCCCCAAAUUCAAUUUAUUCAGAAAUUGUUCCAGGUGAUUGGAUAGAAGCAAACGUCUCAACAACAACAACAAAUUAUGUUUGUGUAGCGUCUUUCAUGUCGGGAGAAUGUACCAACCCAAGGCGCUGGACAUUCAGGGAUUUGGACCCGAGCCGGGAAGGUAGGAGUAGGAAGCUGGCCGAAUGCGCGAUCGAAGAGGAAGGUCUUGAGGUUGGCUUGGAAGGAGGCAAGGGAGGGAACAAGAUGAAGGGACUGUGAGGUGGAUUUCCUUAGUGUGGGGGCAGCGAAGCUGAAAGCCCAACUGCCGAUGCGGGGACAUGGAGCAGGCCGGACAGAGCCUGCGGAACAGAGGGAGCGGACAGGUUAAUAUGGGGGGGAAUAAAGCAAGCAACUAUAAGUCAAUGAGUUUCACAUCAGUGGGAGGCAAUUUAUUGAAAUCUAUCAUCCGGUGCAGAACAAAUAAUAAAGCAUAAAUAAUCUGCAAAGAUCAGGGAGAGUUAACACGGGUUUGUUUGAUUUCAGUUUUUCUUCCCCACCAUCCACCAUUCCUAACUUGCAGACUGUGGUGAUUUAUGAUAAGAACAAAUAUAAUACGAUUUAUAAUAAGAUCAAAGUUGCUACACUUUGACAAGAGGCAAUUUUCCCCCUCCCCUUCAUUUCUAUGUGACGCUUCAUCCAUUGUAUCAGGCAAAAGUUGACUGAAACCACUGAUCUGAAUUAAAUAUGUUUGAGCAAUAGCUACUUGGACUGGUAUCUGACUCAUGACAUUCUGGUUAGCAGUCAAAUCCCUCUCCAAUCCAUCUUGCAGUUAUCUCCAACACUUUUCAACUAACUAACCAACUAACCAACUAACUCUCACAUCAGGCCAGAUGUGUUCCUGCAUCGUGGCAAACAUGAAUGGAGGAGGAUGGAUGGCUUCUUACGUGGAACAAACACCAACAUGGAAAAAUGGGCCGAACGACCGCCUACUAUAUUGUACAUUUCCACGGUUUUAUGAGGAGUAUUUUUAAUCAACUUAGAUGUCAGUCGAUUGCAAUGUAAAUAUAUAUUACCACCUAUGUUGAAAGAAUGCAAGCAACGGCCCUGGCAUUGCUGCGGUGUUAUUGCGUUACCAUAGUACCAAGUGAACUGAAGAAAGAAUAAAGUUGCUGAAGCUGCUGUUGGGAAAGAUGAGGUCACUGAUGUUUGCUUUAGAGAGGGGGAGUAAAAAAUGGGAACAUUCCACUGGCGGCCUGCCAAUGAUCACCCUUAAAUGGCAACCAUUCCUGCAAAGACCGUUUAAUAAUGGCUAGCAAAUUGGCAACGUCAAUCCAGGCUUGUUUAUCUUUGCUGGUUAUAAGGGCCGCCAUGACACAGCUCUUGUUCAUAAAUAUAAUUAUGAUCCGGGCUGAUGGAGAAGACAUUUUUUGCAGCCAAGAUUUACUUCAAUAAAAUUCCUUGUGUUUUGAAUUA